AUGACCGCAAAAAAUCAAACCCAAGUGACUGUGUUCAUAUUCUCAGGAUUCACAGAUCAUCCAGAAUUGAAAGCUAUCCUCUUUAUCACAUUCCUGGCGAUUUACACCAUCACUCUGGGUGCAAAUCUAGGGAUGAUCAUCUUGAUCAGGAUGGAUCAACAGCUACAAACCCCAAUGUACUUCUUUCUCAGUCACUUGGCUUUCCUGGAUGCCAGCUACUCUUCCGCAGUUACUCCAAAAGCCAUAUGGGACCUUUUAGCUGAAAGGAAAACCAUUUCCUUUGCUGGGUGUGCAGCACAGUUUUACAUGUUUGAUGGUCUAGUGAUGACUGAAUUCUUCCUACUGUCUGUGAUGGCAUAUGAUCGCUAUGUGGCCAUCUGCAACCCAUUGCUUUAUUACGUAGUUAUGUCUAAGAAGUUCUGCACUGCGGCAGUGGCCAGUGUAUAUAUCUAUGGCUUUGCGAGCUCAGUGGUUCAAACAGCCUUGACGUUUCAGCUGUCCUUCUGCAGAUCAAAUGUGAUCAAUCAUUUCUACUGCAAUGACCCACCGCUUCUCGCUUUGUCCUGCUCUGACACUCGACCGAAGGAAAUCCAGCUUUUAGGAAACUGCACCGUGGUGACUGAGUUCAUUCUCCUGGGAUUCUCAGAAGGUCCGGAACUGCAGCUGCCCUUGUUUAUGGUGUUCCUCGUGAUCUACAUCAUCACCCUAAUGGGGAAUCUGGGGAUGAUCAUGUUAAUCAGGGUCAACACCCGGCUUCACACUCCCAUGUAUUUCUUCCUAUGCAACUUGUCCGCUGUUGAUAUCUGUUACUCAUCAGUCAUCACGCCAAGGAUGCUGAUGAACCUUCUAGCACAAAGCAAAAUGAUUUCCUUCAAUGCAUGUUUUGCUCAGCUUUACUUUUUUGUGGCCUGGGUGUGCACUGAAUGUUUCUUGCUGGCCAACAUGGCAUAUGACCGUUACAUGGCCAUCUGUAGCCCAUUGCUCUAUUCCGCAGCUAUGUCGCAGAGAGUCUGCAUCCUGUUGGUUGCUGGCUCAUGUUUCAUCGGCUUCACAAAUGCCAUGGUCACGGUAUGUUUUUUAAGCAGGUUGCCAUUCUGUGGCUCUAACAUCAUCAGACACUUCUUCUGCGACACUCCUCCCCUAUUAACGCUGUCCUCCGAUAGCCAUGUCACGGAAAUGAUCAUUUCCUCCCUCGCUGGGUUCACUACCAUUGGAUCCUUGUUCAUCAUUGUCUUCUCUUACGUGUUCAUUCUGGCAGCCAUCCUGAAGAUCCGAUCAGCUCAAGGCAGACACAAGGCCUUCUCCACCUGCACCUCUCACCUUACAGCCGUCACGGUCUUCUACGGGACUCUGAUAUUCACAUAUCUGCGUCCCAAUACAAGCUACUCGUUGGGUCGGGACCAAGUGGCUUCCGUGUUCUACACAGUGGUGGUCCCAAUGCUGAAUCCCCUAAUCUACAGCCUCAGGAACAAGGAAGUGAAGGAGGCUUUCAGGCAAUCCGUGAGGAUGAAAAUGUUUCUGCAAUGA